GAUUACGAAUUACAAUUUACACAUUUAACAUUAAUAAUUUACUAAAUAAAAAGGGGAAUUCCUGUAAACAGUAGUCUAGGAAUAAACAUCAUUUAAAAACCCACACUUUAAAAUCUAAUAAAUGAGGGGGUAAUAAUAAGUGAUAAAACUACCCAAAGUGCAUCUAAAAUUGUAAAACCCAUCCAUUUACCAAAUUUACCUUUCCUAUUGUGAUAUUAUUAUGGGUAGGAUAAACGUGUUGUUAUAUAACCUAAUACCAAUAGUGUUGUGAAGAAUGCCCAUGAAAUUAUAUAAACCAAAUGCCAGGGCUGAUGUGUAGUUCUGUGCCAGUGUACUCUUCCCCAAAUAUAUCCAUGUGUUGGUUAGGGCUCGUGCUAGUGUUAUACUUAUUAUGAAGAUCUAAUAUCAGUGGGAUAAGGGCAUCUUUCACACAGGGUAGUACCAUUUUGUUAUUCAGCAAGUCUUGGGCCUUAUACUGUCCCUAAUAAAAUCUUUCUCUUUUCCCUCAGCGACAGUCGGAAUCCAGCUCCCUCUCUGAGAUUUACAAGGUGAGUAGAAAAGAGGGGAAAAUAAUGUGAACACUCACUGUAAAUGCUGCAAGAGCAUGGAAUCUGGGAGUUGGUUUGGUGAUGGACAUAUUUUACCCUUUUUAAAUAUUAUGUUAUGCAUAAAAUUCUCCUUUUAUUCUAUUUUGUUGUCCAGCCUCCUGAUGGUCGGCUGACCAAGGAUGUGCUCCUCGGAGAGGGCGGCACUGGAGACGUCUACCAGGUAAGGGACCAACUAAAUUAGGGUUGAAUAGAAAGAACUUACUCAGUGGUUCACAAAAAGGCUUAAAUAGCUCUGCACUGAAUUUAGUAUCUUCCCAAAAUGCCUUGUUAAACCAAGACUUGCUAAAACAAAGUGUAAGUUAAACUUUUCUGUCUGUAUUACAGGGACGACACCAUCGGAAAGGUGUGGUGGCCGUGAAGAUAGCCAACAUCAGUCGGGUAACGUAUCUUUAUAUUUCCAUUUGUUAUAUCAUGCCUGUUUGUGAGGUUGCCUAUGUGAGCUAAAGGGAUUUCUAUUAUUCCACUCCAGGAUGAAGACUCAGUCUGCAGGGAGCUGAUGUUUCUCCAGCAGUUCAGCGGCCACAAGAACGUCGCCUCUUUCUUUGGAGCCUACUACAGGGCUCCACUCACGGAGUGCUCAUCGGAGCUCUUGGAAAUUGCUCUUGAAUACUGUGGUGGCGGUUCUCUCCACAACCUCAUCAACAAGACCAAUGGCCAAUCCCUGAAGGAGACCUGGAUUGGUUAUAUCUGCAAGGAGGUUUUAAAGGUAAGGUCAGAUUUACCCCUUAAGGACUUUUCUUUAAUUGCAUAGAUUAUAUAUACAAUCUGUUUGUUGGGAAUGUUUAGUCUUAUGUCUGUAACAUUCUCUAUCUCCCCAGGGGCUGCACCACAUCCACAAGAACCGGGUCGUUCAUAAAGACAUAAAGAGCCUGAACAUCAUGCUCACAGAGACAGCCAAAGUGAAGAUCAUCGACUUUGGAAACAGCUGGAACCUGGACCCGCAAACUGGAUUGUGCCACGAAGCGGAAGGGACUCCACAUUGGAUGGCACCCGAGACCAUAAGGCAGAAGGGCCAGCGCCUGGCGUAUGACACCAAAGUAUGUUGUACUUAUAAUACUUGUAACAACACUGAGCAUUUACCUAUUAGUGUUAAUGGGACAUAGAGGAAGUAAUUUUCUCAUGGGGGGAAAGAAGUUUUUCUGAAACGUUGGGUUUCUUACCUUUUUGCACAAUGUGUCUGCUUUAAAAUAUUUGUUCUUUUGCUCAGUUAUGUAACUGCUAUUGUUUGUAAUGGAGAUGUAUUGCUGUAUACGUUUAUAAAUAUAAUUUUAAAAAAAAGCAUUUUCUCACGUUUACAUAUAACAUGGUGUGCUUUAUUACUAGGGUGUGCAUUGGGAUAUUUUAGAAGUUGUAUUUUGUUCUGUUUUGGCCAUAAUUGACCUAAGGAGAAUGCCAUGUACUUUUGCUCCCAUACAAAUAUAUGUAUAUGUUUCUAAAGUAGAAUAUGAAAGAGUAGUAGCCUCCUUAUUUAGAUUUUAUUAAAAACCCACUAACUCAAUUCUCUCCUUCUAAUGCUCUUUUGUUUGUCUUUUGCAGUGUGACAUCUGGUCGCUGGGUAUAACCGCCAUCGAAAUGGCCGAGGGACAAGAACCUUACGCAGGGCAAUACCCAGUGGAGCACCUGAUCAGAGAAGCCCAACCACCGAAGCUUCGAUCAAAGACCUGGUCACAAAGUUUUGUGUCUUUUCUGGAGUCCUGUUUGACGAAGGAUCCUUCUGAGAGAGGAAGUGCCGAAGAACUCCUGCAGCACCCAUUCAUCAAAGAACUGCCCCCUAAGAAGAUCAUCAGGGCUGAGAUUGAAGAACAUCUCCGGGCUCUGCAGAACCGGCCGGCCAAGAAAGGAUUGAAGGGAAAAGCUAUGAAACAGCUGCGUCGCGCUUGUGACUUCUACGCACGCAACACAGCAGAGGAACAAAAAGUGGCUCUGCAAAUGGCCCUGGAGGGCUUUCCCUGUAACUGAUCUUGUGGCCAGUAACAGCAACAGCCCAGAAUGAAUCUCUUGUGUAAAAUUCUAGGUGAAAGAAACAUCCACAGAGAAAGGUGAAGCAGCUCAACCAGUGGUGACUUUGAGAUUAGUGCAGCUCCACCAGCAGUGUCUGCUCCUCCCCUGAAGCACCAGGAUGAUCAUUUACUAAUGUAACCAGUGGCAUCUAUCUUGAGAUCAUGCAACACCACCAGCAGUCUCAAAUUCAAGGUUCACAUCUCCACCAGUGGUACCUUACAUUUCAACUACUGUACCAUUAUUCUACCCACUGCUUCUAUAUUU